AUCACAGAUAGCCAGGUCACGGUAUUAAGGCUCUUCUGACCACCACACGUGCUCUCGUUUGGGGCUGGCGCCAGGAGAGACCACUAACUGGGGGCAUGUGUUACAAAGGUGGGUUGCGAGCGGCGAGCUUCUAUCAUUACCUUGAAACACACACCCAAACGCAACCGUACUUGAUCGGGAGCGUGUAAUGGUAUUGCUGAAGACACCAGAGAGACCCUUAGAGACACAAGCUACAGGGCAAAUCGAGACAGGGGUGACACACGGGAACGUUUAUUCGAGACCUGCAUACGCCAGAGAGUAUCCCCCAAAAUGAGCAAAGACACGGAGUCGUCCUUCCCCUCCGAUGUAACGAUGAGACAGAAGACAAGGGAGAGAACCGCGAGGACCCUAUGGCUGUGGGCAGUGCAAACCCAAAGCCUUGCAGUGCAUGAACACCAUCCAGGCACAUGUCGUCUGGCAGUGUGUCUUCAACUUCUUCGAGGGUUUUAUCGUUAACGGCAUCAUCAACGUUGUCAUCGUUGCCUUGGAGACGCGAUAUGCCCUACCCAGCAGCCUGUCGGGUCUCAUCUCCAGCAGCAACGACUUCUGCACAUUCCUCGUCAUCCUUCCUAUCAGCUACUUCGGGGAUCAUCGGCACAAACGACUGAUGGCCGCUGGGAUCGUCCUUAUGGCUCUUGGGAGUCUUGUCUUCGCUCUUCCCCAUUUCAUAGGAGGACGAUACGAGUACACUCUUUCCAACAACGGAAUGACAAACACAUCCUCUAAUCUUUGUCUGCCGAAUUCGUCUCUUUCUGAAUCCUGCCUCGAAACAAGCCAAUCAAAUUGGUCACCUCUCUAUGCCCUGUUUCUGAUUGGCCAAAUGUUGCUGGGAGUAGGCGUGCCCCUGUUUACUAUUGGUUUGACGUAUAUUGAUGAAAAUACGACGACGAAGAUGACCUCCUUCUACACCGGGUGGACCUUCUUCGCCGCUGCAGUUGGUGUCGCUGUUGGUUACGUGGUAGGUGGACAGACUCUUAGCAUCUUCGUCGACAUCAACACCGUGGAUCCGAGCAGCAUCCCCCUCACGCCAGCUGACCCCCAGUGGGUGGGGGCGUGGUGGAUCGGCAUCCUGGUCACAUUCGUCGCCUUCCUCCUCGUCUCCAUUCCAUUUCUUGGAUACCCGAAAAAGCUUCCAGGCUAUGCUGAAUUGAACCGGAAACGGAAGUCAGAGGCGCACAGUGACGGGGCGGAAGAUGUAACAGCUACACCAGGCUUUGGGAAGAACAUAAGGGACUUUCCCACUGCAAUGCUGCUUCUUUUUAAGAACCCGACCUAUGUUUUGACGUGCCUUGGAGCAACUGUAGAAGCCAUGAUCAUCACAGGAUUAGCAACAUUUGGGGCAAAACUGCUACAGCAGAAGUUCCAUGCCGACAUCGCAACAGCAGGCCUUAUUAUGGGUAUCGUGACUGUUCCGGGUGCUGGUGGGGGUAUGAUCCUGGGUGGGUACCUCGUCAAACGGUUGGAUCUGAAAUGCCGGGGUAUUCUGCGUCUAUGUCGCUUCUGCUGCUGUGUGUAUUGUCUACUGUUGUCGCCCUCCUUCCUGGCCUGGUGUGAAGACACUCCCCUAUCCGGCAUCACAACGUCGUACCAAGCCGGCAUAGACAACCCAGUUGGAGGUCUAACAUCAGACUGCAACUCUGGGUGUGGAUGUACUACCGCCGGGUACGAACCGAUAUGUGUCAACUCCACCGUCGUCUACUUCUCUCCAUGUCACGCGGGGUGUACCUCAUUUACAACGCUGAAUGGAACAAAGAUUUACGACAACUGUUCUUGUUUCAACAAGAAGCUACCCAGUUACAGUACCCCGAACAGUUCCAUGAUCACCCGGGAGACUGGGGCCAUGCGGUUGGUUCAAUCAGGGACAUGCGCAGAGGGCUGUUUCUGGCUCUACGUGUUCUCUGUGAUGUUCUUCUUCAUCAUGCUGUUUACCUUUAGCACGAUGGCGCCCACGGUCUCUGUGCUAUUCAGGUGUGUACCUCACAAGCAGCGUUCUCUAGCCCUGGGGCUCCAGCUGCUGAUUGCGCGGCUCUUGGGCACCACUCCCGGACCGGUGUUACUGGGAGCUAUCCUGGACAGCACCUGUGAGGUGUGGCAGUCGUCGUGUGGGGAGAGUGGGUCGUGCUGGGUGUACAACAACUACAGCAUGGCGUACCGGGUGUUGGCCUGGUGGGCGGGACUCAAGGUCCUCAGCAUUAUCUUCUAUGGGCUCGCGUCUAAAGUGUACAAAGCACCGCCUGAUGAAAUAAAACAUUAAAAGUA